CACUCGCUCCUGUGGGACGCUCGCUCGCGACCGCUGCGCCGCCGCCGCCGCCGCCGCGACGCACAAUUGCGACUAAUCACACCCUCGUAUCCGUCCACUCAGUUAAGAUCCUAUUGUCUUCGCGCCUCGCCUCGGAUUCUCAGUGACCCGGCCCUGGCCAACAGCACCACAUGCGCCGCAUACACUGCUCCUCUACAAUGUGUCCUCAUAUUUCGUGCAAACAAAAAACAUCGACGCAAUGGGUUUUAUAACCCUAAAAGUGUUUUCAGACAGUUCAUACUCCGCAAGGUGUCGUUUCAUGAAUAUAAUAGGGAAAUAACGGCAUACCAAUGAUCAGCAGAAGGCACAGCGUGCUGCCAGGGUCCACCGGGCUGAGCAUGAUGAAUGGCAUCAACAAUGUACACGAGAAACAGACAACGGAAGCCGAAGCGCCAGCCAACAAUGAAGCUAAAUCGAAGACAUGUGGUGCCUGGGACAAACUUAUGCAAAUUAAAUCCAACAUCACAGUGGAACCGAUCAUCGCCUGUUACAUUAUGUCCAAUGUCUUCUCGGGAUUGGCUGUACAGAACCUGAACUUGGAGAAAGCGUGCCGAGUGAACCUGGGCUACAGUGACGAGGUGUGCACGGCGCUGAACCGGCGGCAGACCGCCAACUACACGCUAGAGGAAGCCGAAGUGCAGAAGCUGACUGCAUCAGUGCAGGCGUGGAAGAACAUUGUGCAAACGUUUUUCCCUUGUAUUCUAAUAUUGUUUGUUGGGUCGUGGAGUGACAAGACUGGGAGGAGAAAAGCCUGCAUCCUCCUGCCGAUAAUAGGGGAAGUGUUGUGCUGUACCAGUUUCAUUCUGAACACUUACUUCUUCUACGAGUUGCCGCUUGAGAUCACGGCUCUGUCGGACUUGUUUCCGUCCCUCACCGGGGGGUGGAUCACAGUUUGCGUCGGUGUGUUUAGUUAUAUCGGUGACGUGACUACGAAGGAGAUGCGAACAUUCAGGGUGGGGGUGGCGAACCUGUGCAUGUCGCUGGGCAUCCCCAUCGGCAUGUCGCUCAGCGGCAUCCUGCUGCAGAAGAUCGGCUACUACGGGAUCUUCUUCAUCUCCAACUGCUUGUACAUGUGCAGUUUAGUGUACGGGUACAUUCGGCUGAAGGACCCUAUUCUACCUCUAGAUAGGCAAAGAGAGACGCCAGUGGGGUGCCGCGGCUGGUGCGGCUCGUUCUUCGACGCGCGGCACGUGCGGGAGACGCUGACCGUGGCGUUCCGCAGCGGGCCGCGCCGCCGCCGCCUGCGCGUGUCGCUGCUCAUCGUCGUCGUGUGCGUCAUCUUCGGACCCCUGCACGGAGAGAUGAACGUGCUGUAUCUGUUCAUGCGGUACCGCUUCAACUGGGACGAGGUGCAGUUCAGCAUGUUCUGCACCUACAGCAUCAUCACCAACUUGGUCGGCACGCUAUUCUCGAUCAGCAUCUUCAGCGGUCUGAUGAAGCUGGACGACACGCUGGUGGGCAUCAUCAGCUGCACCAGCAAGAUCCUCGCCUCCUUCAUCUUCGCCUUCGCCACCACCAACAUCGAGAUUUACAUCGCUCCAUUAGUAGAGAUCUUCAAUGGGACGUCCUUUAUUGCAAUGCGGUCUAUAGCAUCCAAACUGGUCACCAGUGAAGAGUUGGGCAAGGUGAACUCUCUAUUCGGGUUGGCCGAGGCGAUGAUGCCGCUGGUGUAUGGUCCGCUGUACUCCAGGGUCUACAUGGCCACGCUGAACGUGCUGCCGGGAGCCGUGUUCCUGCUGGGAGCCGCCAUGACCGUGCCCGCCGUCGCCAUAUUUGCAUGGAUGUACUUCGAGCAACGCGAGGAUCCCAUUCAAGUGGACGAAAUGACCACAGUGGCCGCCGAGUGAGCCAGUCGCGGCCCAGCCUGCGCCGGCGCAGCCUCCAAGUAGCACUGGACUAUAAUACUCAUAAUAACGACUGUGUAUUGUUAAGUGGAAAAAAAUAAUUAAACUUCCAGUUUCAUGUGUACUGUGUGAAUUGUUGAGCAAUGUUUAUGAUAAAGGCUCGUAGCCAAUCAA